AUGUCUCGUCCGCAGGUCAGCAUCGACCGCCUUACUCCUCGGCGAGUGAUGACCGAGCCACGUGAAUCAAUGAAUUAUGCCAUUCCAAAGAAACGAGGCCCCAAAACGGAUGUCCUUGAAGCACUUUUGAAACGAGUAGACGGCCUAGAAAGACGUUUGCAGGAAGAAAAUAACCCCGUUACUCCCACCAGCGAGAACACGUCAUCUACGAUUAAACAAAGUGGAAAGGAUUCUUCGCUUGACAAUUCAAAAUCUCCAAACGAGCCAGCCGCGUCUGUACCAGUCGUGGAACCAGCAGAACAGAUUCCGCUGGCUUUUCCUGAUCGCCGCGGCUCAAUUCUUUUGACUCCUACAUACAAUGGAUUUGGAGAUCAUACAUUGGGCGAAUUCCGGCCUCAGCAACAGACGCACCGAGCAAGUCGCCAAGAGAAGCCAUUUCUCUCUGAUGCUAUUCUAGACACUUACUUCUCUCGCAUUCACGGCAAACCUUUCUACAUACUAGAAGAGUCCUCGACACGCCAACGGCAUCGCAUGGGGCAGUUGCCGGCGCAUUUGAUGAUGGCUAUUUACGCCAUUACCGUGAGAUAUGCUCAGUCCUCAGAAGGACAAGAGAUCUUAGCUCGCUCCGGUCUUAAAUAUGCACUGAAAGCGCGGCAGGAGGUAGAUAUUGACAAUCCAACGAUUGAAGGACUUCAGACCCUCCUCCUCCUCUCUAUGGUCUUCUUUGCUUACGGAUUGGGCAAAAAGACAUAUAUGACAUUAUCUAGCUGUUUUGCCAUGGUGCUCGCACUAGACCUCUAUCGAGAGCCUUCGCCGAAACUCAACCUUUCUCAGACCGAGAAAGAAACAAGGAGACGGAUUUUCUGGACGUGUUAUAUGAUGGAUCGCUUUGCAACAUGUGGAUCAAAACGUCCAUGUCUGCUAUCUAACCACUCAAUUCUAUUGCGCUUGCCGUCGUGGUCCCCGACAUCGUCAUCUCAUAGCCUUCCUGUUGAGGGAGACAUGUUCAACAACUCGGGUCCAAAUAUCCAAUUCUCAAUUGAUCCACGCAAACGAGGUCAACCUGCAAUCGUCCUACUUAUCGACAUCGUCCGUAUACUAGGAAUCACAAAUCGAUAUCUUGCUACUGGAGGAGUCAAAGGUGAUUCACAUUUCCCGUGGCACUCCAUGUCGACGCUGUCAAAAAUUCGGCAGGAGUUGGACAUUUGGGGAGCUGGUGUACAAGACACGUUCAUAUCGGUUGAAGCGCUGUUUAAUCAUCCCGAAAGCACGACACUGUUUUUGAGCAAGCUCAUUUACCAUCUCAUUCAUUGCUUAAUAUAUCGUCCAUUCUUACCACUUGAUCUGGCCGAACUUCGAGGAACAGGACAGCAUCAAUCAUGGCAAAUAGAGGCGACCAACCUAUGUUUCUUGCAUUCCAAUGCAAUUGCCGAGCUUGUUGAGUUUGGUCGUAAUUCUUCACUGAUUGAAUGGCCCGCAUUUAUCAGCCAUUGUGUAUCCACUGCUGGAACGGUUCAUGUCCAUGGAGUACAUUACAAAGGGCUCGAAGGUGAGGUCUUUUCGUCUAGUGCAGAUUUUCUUGCCAAGGAAAUGCAACAAAUAUCUUGGUUACGACACUAUUGGGCUGGCGUUCAACAUCAGCGAGAAUUGUUGCAGACGGUUUACACCUGUCAUUCUGAACUGGUCAGAAACCUGGCCAACAGCACAAUGAGCAUAUCUAUGUCAAUGCCUCUCGACGGCCAUUCUCUUUAUAGCACGCAAGCUAUAGCAGCGCCGUCAUUAUCUACGCCGCAUUCUUUCCAUACCCAGCAACAGCAUAAUCAACGACAAAUUUCGCGUGUUGGUGGUUCUAACAUUCAAUUCCAACAACAGUCGGACCUAUCCAAUCUGCAAUUCGAUAAUCUGCAACACUCCCCUUCUCAGCUACAACCUUCAUUAUACCCCACCUACAAUCUCAAUGAGCCCUCGUCUUCAUCAUUCUCGUCUGUACAUCAGCUGCAGCAAAAUCAACAACGCAUUCCCACGGCUUUUUCGCCAAUACUCGGAUUCUCUCCGUCCCCAUUUCUCUCAGAAGCACUCACCACAACAAACGCGCAAACACCUCCUGCUAAUUUUCAAUACGCGACAUUUCCCUUCGAUGCCUCUCAUGCUACUAUUACUACCCAGGCGAAAAUCUCGGGUGUCGCAGCACAGACACCAAGUGGUCAGUCGCAGACAAGCGAUUCUCAUUCUCACACCACCAUUAGUGAAAAUGGUCCGCCCUCUGAAAAGGAUCCUUUUCUUAGUCUACUGGAACAGUUGGCUGAGAAUGAACAUGCUGAAGGGGACGGACCAAGCGAACUUGACUAUUUACUGAGCGCUGGGAUCCAUGCCCCCUCAAAUAAUGAAGCUGCUUCCUCGGAGACCGGAGAUGGAAUGGCUUCUGCAAAUAGGGAGGCACUAGAUGCAACAGGCCAGGCUUUGGAUCACGUUGAACAUAGUUUAGCGCGACGUAAUUUUGUACUAAAAGCACAUUUGUUCUCCCCUUUAUCCAUCCAUUACAUCAUCCUCUUGACAGUCUUUUUGAACUGCUUCCUCUCAUCUGCCGCAGACUCUUGCUCGGUGGUUGACAAUCUCGACAUUCUACAAUUGUGUUUAGUCGACGAUCCUCGCCAAACACCUACUGUUCAAAUUGACUUGGGGUUUUCCGACGACGCGACCCAUCAAGACGAUCAUUAUAUGUUGGGCAAUUACAUCCGCCAGACGACACGGUCGUUGCGUUUCUCUCCUUCACCGCUUCGAUCUUUGGUCCCCUCUUCUUCAUAUUUAGCGACAUCUCGUGCUUUUACAACGGUCUAUAGGUUAGCAUCUACGCCGAAUCUGAAGCAAGCAAGCACCAUGGCAUCUUCAUCUUCGCCUCUACCCGCCGAGGCGUCGUUGAAUGAUCAACAGCAGCAACAACAACAACAACAACAACAACAACAACAACAACACACAAAUGCCGAGAACGAAGCCAACAACAGCAACGAAAAACUCGCGCUACCACCCGUUCCCGAAGCAGGAGAAGCCCAAAAACUAGACGUCAGCGGCCAAACCGGCACAACAGUAUCACUAGACCACCUCGGCCCCAUUGUGGUCAAUCAAGAUGGCACCAUGAGUCGGAUUUCGAAUUGGGACAAGAUGACGGAGAUUGAGAAGAAGAAUACACUCAGAAUUAUUGGGAAAAGGAACAAACAGCGUUUGGAAGCACUGAAGGCCGCUGGGGUGGGGGGAGAAGGAGAGGAGGGAUCCGUUUCUUGA